AUGGAAUCAUCAACUACAUUCCGGUUUAGAGAGCACCACCAAGCUGAGGAUGCAACCGAGCCCGAUACAGACUCUGAUACCUCGUCAGUUUCCGGUGACAGAAUUGAAGAAGCAGAGAUGGAGUCAAUGACUGGAAAGGGUAUAAGAAGGCUUUGUAUGGAAUUACUGGAAAUAAAGGAAGCUUCUGAUGAGGAUUUUCAUGCCAAUAUCCUUGCUAAUUAUUCUGCUUUUUUUGGAAUACAUGAGGAAGUAAAAGACAUGGAAAGGGAAUUAAUGCAACUAAAAACCCAUGUUUCAACGCAAAAAAUGCUUGUAAAAGACCUCAUCGAUGGCUUAUAUCUUAAUGUUUUAUCAGAGGAGAUAAUAGAGUCCGCAGAUGAACUUAUAUUUGAUGAAUCAUUUCCUAUAAAUGAACUGGAAGUUCAUAUCAGAAAUGUUUCAGAAACACUAGACAUACUUAUUUCUGAAAACAGGACAGAUGAAGCCAUAUCAGUUUUAGAAAUGGAACAAGAAAAUUUACAGAAGUUACAUCUUGAAGAUGACAUUUCAUCAGAUUUACUCAGUUUAUAUAGCAACGCAGUUUCUGAGCGAAAAACCAUGCUAAUUCUGCAAUUAUCUCUUGUCGCUGAAAAUUCAAGAACAUUUGCUCCAGAAUUGCAGAAGGCGCUACUUCGGAUUUGUAGAUUAGGAAACAGUAAUCUAGCAACUCAGUUACUGCUGAAGUAUUACCACUCUCGUAUCGCUUCAGGAAUCCAUAAAUUUCAGAGAUCAAACACAUGUUUUCAUGGAUUCUCUACUAAAGAACUAACAAGAUUUAUGUUCUCUGAGAUAUCUCAAGCAGCAAAAAGCUUUGUAAUGCUUUAUGGAGAAACAUCUUCUUAUGAAUCAGAAUUUAAUCAGUGGGUUCAACAAGAAAUCGAGGUUUUUUCCGUGCUUUUUGCUAAAUUUGUUAGUUCAAGAUCAGAUAUAAGUGGCAGACUGUCGACGGCAAUAGAAGCUGUGCAAUUUGCAAUAACAUAUUGCUUGUUACUAGAAACUCAAGGACUGGUGUUGCAGCCAUUGUUGAUCAAGAAUCUUCGAGCUUGUAUGGAAGACGUAUUCUUGAAACAUAUCAACCAUUUCAAGAAAGUUAUCAGUAUAAUUACAGCUAAUGAUUCUUGGAUUUUAGGCAGAUAUCUUGUCUCUGGAAUUCUAAAUGAAGACUACUCUUACAUAGUCAUCGGACAACAACAACCGGAAUAUUGCAUGCUUACUAACAGUGGUCGGAAAUUCAUAACUUUAUUGCAGGCUAUAUUGAAGGAUGUUACUCCUUUAGCUGCCUUUCAUAUGGAAAAUUCUGUUAUAGUAGGACUCAGAAACCUCUUCAUGGAGUAUAUAGCCAUCCUUAAAAAAGCCAUAACUUAUGGUGUGAAUGUGUUAGAUAAAAGUGGUUCAGGAGUUAGUCUGGCAGAACCAGUGCCACAGCAAGUUUCUAUUCUAGCAAAUCUAUCUACACUUGAACAUUUCUUCUCGAGCACUAUUAGUAACAUUUUUAGAGGAAAUUCCAUUGAUACUGCGCAAGAAGAAGGCGGCUCCAUUGGUGUUCAUCAGCAGGGACAUGAUACUAGUGUAAUGUUCAUUUUGGAAGCAUCUGCUCAGCUUAGAAAUCAGUUCUUUCAGCAAUUUAUUGAUCGAUUAUCGUCUCUUGAUGUCUGCAAAUUGGAAUUGUAUAUGAGUGUUUAUAGCGAAACGACAGUCUAUAAACAACAUUUAACUUGUAAUUGCCAUUUUGAUUUGGUUGCACUUGCACAUCAGAUGUUAUUUUUAGAACUGAGGAAACUAAAUAAACUUUCUGAAGACAAUGUUUAUGAGGCAAAUUGGUUGAGGGAACUAAUAAGCGAGCUGAUUGAGGCCAUAUUUGCCUGGAUUUCAGAAAACAAACAGAUUUGGGAAACUAAUGAAGGAAACUUGAAUACCAGGCAUUCUGAUUUCUUAAAUCAGUUUGUUCUAGACAUGUAUUUUCUAGUGGAAGCCGCAAGGUAUGGAGAAUACUUCUCAAAGGACCCCUUUGUUCCUGCAAUGCUAAUGAAAUCUGCCUUUGAAUCAGCUGGAUUUGAUCCAAUUAGAGAUAUAGAUGAUGAUGGGUGGGCAAUGAAAGCUGCAACAGAAGCCAUCAAAAGGAUGGUAGAGAUAGAGAAAAAAGAAUUAGAAUUAAAUGAUACGGUUGUUGAUGAUCUUGCAGAAUCGCCUGAUAAUCAUUCUGAGCAUGCAAGUGAAACUUUACAGGACACUGAUAUAAGUUCUCAAUCAGCAGAUGAUGAAGAGAAGAUAAUGAAAGAUGUUGAACCUGACAAGAUUGAAGCAAAUAAUUGA